AUGCAGACUGGUUGCACACCAUGGCCGAGCAGAGUCCGUGGUGGCAUGCCGUCCCACGUGUCGGCGUUUAUCGUUCAACUACCACCACCACUACCACUAACCACAACGUCGUCCCAGAAUGACCUGAACCUCUGGGUUGAAAGCUAUGCCGCACUCUUGCACUGCCAUGGAAACCGACCUAAAAACUGCCGGACCUGGGCCGCUUGGGCCUCUUUUUUAUCAGACGAUGUACGCUGUAAGAACAUCGAAGCAGCCCUACAAGCAGGCGAACGGGGGGAGGAACAAAGCAGUCGGUGGACCCGUAUAAACUUAGUGAGGGGCUGA